CGCCAUUUUCCUGAGGUUUGAACGCGGCUCCCGAGUCGCCAUCGUUCUCGAUUCACCCCCCAAAAAAAGGAAGAAAACAGACUUGUGAACAUGGACCUCAGUGAUGCCAAUUUACAACUGCUGUCUGGAUUCCUGAAGAAGACUCUUGAUCCUGAUCCUGUUGUUAGGAGACCAGCUGAAAAGUUUCUCGAGUCUGUGGAGGCAAGCCAGAACUACCCGCUACUGCUGUUGACUCUUGUUGAGAAGUCUCCAGACACUGUCAUGAAAGUGUGUGCAAGUGUAACUUUCAAAAACUACAUCAAAAGAAAUUGGCGAAUUAUUGAAGAUGAGCCAAACAAAAUCUGUGAAGCAGACCGAGUGGCUAUUAAAGCCAAUAUUGUGAACCUCAUGCUGAGCAGUCCUGAGCAGAUUCAGAAACAGCUGAGUGAUGCUAUCAGUAUCAUUGGCCAUGAAGAUUUCCCUCAGAAAUGGCCGCAUCUUUUAACAGAAAUGAUCAAUCGAUUCCAAACUGGAGACUUUCAUGUUAUUAAUGGAGUACUUCGAACAGCACACUCCUUAUUUAAAAGGUAUCGCCAUGAAUUCAAAUCAAAUGAACUGUGGACGGAGAUUAAACUAGUGUUGGACACUUUUGCAGAGCCCUUAACUGUACUCUUCAAGACAACUAUUGAGCUCUGCCGUACACAUGCCAAGGAUGUCAAUGCGUUGAAAGUUCUCUUCUCUUCCCUGGUUUUGAUUGCUAAACUGUUCUACAGCUUAAACUUUCAGGAUUUGCCAGAGUUUUUUGAGGACAACAUGGAAACCUGGAUGACCAACUUUCAUAGUCUACUCACUUUGGAUAAUAAAUUACUGCAGACUGAUGAUGAAGAAGAAGCUGGUUUGCUGGAGUUGUUGAAGUCCCAAAUCUGUGACAAUGCUGCACUGUAUGCUCAAAAAUAUGAUGAGGAAUUCCAGCCCUACCUACCCCAGUUUGUGACUGCCAUUUGGAAUCUCCUUGUUACAACUGGACAGGAAGUGAAAUAUGAUUUGCUGGUGAGCAACGCUAUCCAAUUCCUUGCAUCUGUUUGUGAAAGACCACACUACAAACAUCUGUUUGAAGACCAGAAUACACUAACCAGUAUUUGUGAAAAAGUUAUCGUCCCAAACAUGGAAUUUAGAGCUGCUGAUGAAGAGGCCUUUGAGGAUAAUUCCGAAGAGUACAUAAGAAGAGAUGUAGAGGGCUCAGACAUUGACACCAGGAGACGAGCAGCUUGUGAUUUGGUGCGAGGUCUUUGCAAAUACUUUGAAGGGCCUGUAACAGCAAUAUUCUCUGGCUAUGUAAAUUCCAUGUUAGACCAAUAUGCCAAAAAUCCUUCUGUUAAUUGGAAACACAAAGAUGCUGCAAUUUAUCUGGUAACAUCGCUUGCUUCGAAAGCUCAAACUCAAAAGCAUGGAAUAACUCAAGCAAAUGAGCUUGUAAAUUUAACGGAUUUCUUCAUUAAUCACAUAUUAUCUGACUUAAAAUCGCCAAAUCUGAACGAGUUUCCUGUGCUGAAAGCAGAUGCUAUUAAAUACGUCAUGAUCUUUAGGAGUCAGCUUCCAAAGGAACAACUUUUGGUGUCCCUGCCCAUGUUAAUUAACUACUUGCAAGCAGAGAGCAUUGUUGUUCAUACAUAUGCUGCUCAUGCUCUUGAAAGGAUCUUCACGAUGAGAGGACCAGAUAAUGCUACUCUAAUCUGUUCUGCAGAGCUGGCGCCCAUGGUUGAACUGUUGUUAACAAACCUCUUUAAAGCUCUGACUCUACCUGGGUCAAGUGAGAACGAGUAUGUUAUGAAAGCUAUUAUGAGAAGUUUCUCCCUUCUCCAGGAGGCAGUUGUCCCUUAUGUUCCCACACUCAUCACCCAGCUAACACAGAAACUGUUGUUGGUCAGCAAGAAUCCCAGCAAGCCACAUUUUAACCAUUAUCUGUUUGAGUCUCUCUGCCUUUCUGUGCGGAUAACCUGCAAGGCAAACCCCACCACAGUGAGAAGUUUUGAAGAAGCUCUCUUCCCAGUGUUCACAGAGAUUCUGCAGAAUGAUGUGCAAGAAUUUCUUCCUUACGUGUUUCAAGUGAUGUCUCUGCUCCUGGAAAUCCACACAGCUGAUAUCUCUCCAUCCUACAUGGCUCUCUUUCCUCAUUUGUUGCAACCACUCCUCUGGGAACGUGUAGGGAACAUCCCACCUCUUGUGAGAUUACUUCAGGCUUUCCUGGAGAAAGGAGCAAAUACUAUAGCUACAGCAGCACCUGAUAAAAUUCCAGGGUUACUGGGAGUUUUCCAAAAGUUAAUUGCAUCCAAAGCAAAUGACCAUCAAGGCUUCUACCUGCUUAACAGUGUAAUUGAGCACAUGCCUCCGGAGAUCAUGCACCAAUACAAGAAGCAGAUUUUUAUUGUUCUCUUCCAGCGACUUCAAAACUCAAAAACAACCAAAUUUGUCAAAAGUUUUCUGGUGUUUGUUAACCUUUAUGGUGUGAAGUAUGGAGCAAUAGCCUUACAGGAAAUCUUCGACAGUAUUCAGCCAAAAAUGUUCGGUAUGGUUUUAGAAAAAAUCGUUGUUCCAGAGGUACAGAAGGUGUCUGGGCAGAUUGAGAAAAAAAUCUGUGCAGUGGGAAUUACAAAGAUCCUUACAGAAUGUCCCUGCAUGAUGGACACUGACUACACCAAGCUGUGGACUCCUUUGCUACAAGCACUUAUUGGUUUAUUUGAAUUGCCUGAAGACGACAGCAUCCCUGAUGAUGAACAUUUCAUUGAUAUUGAGGAUGCACCGGGUUACCAGACUGCUUUCUCCCAGCUGGCCUUUGCAGGAAAGAGAGAACAUGAUCCCAUUGGUGCAUCAGUGAGCAAUCCUAGAGUCCAUCUGGCUCAGUGUCUCCACAAACUCUCCACAGCAUGUCCAGGCAGGGUGCCAUCAAUGAUCAGCACAAGUUUAAAUGCUGAGGCUUUACAGUAUUUGCAAAGCUAUCUUCAGGCUGCAAGCGUGCAACUGGUUUGAAUUUGUUUUGACUAAAGACUUUUUUUUUAAAAGGCUCUUUCCGUAGGUGCUUGCACGGAGAACAUCAUUAGUGUAUGCGGUAGGAAUAAACCUGGGAAAUAGUUGAAUCACUGGCUGGAGAUGAUUGACUAACUUUGUCAAAUAGUGUUAGCCAAUAUCUGUUCUGUGUAGAUUUAACAUUUCAUGAACUCUUUGGAUACACUAUUUGUCUUUAUUUAUGUUCUCUAAAAUACUCUGAUUGAAGAAAUGUGAAACAAAGUACCCACAUAUGCAUUGAUCUGUACAGUUAUUCCAGUGUAAAAUAAAAUUGAAAAUUAUUCAAAA